AUGGCACCCUUCGAUUUCAAGUCAGACAAGCACUUCGUUGCAUCCUCCGAUGGCACUACCCUGCAAGUCUACGAGCUGACCAAACCCACUCUCAUUCUCCACCCUUCUUCCAUCCGAAAGGCUCAUUGGAAGGUAGUUGCCAACAUCAACACAAAUCUCGACGAGGAUGAAGACGAAAACAAUGACUAUGACGACAUGGCGGAGGAGGAGGAGGAGGAGGAGGAGAGAACAUCGUCGUUGUACGAUGACCUGCUGUUCUUCGACGGUCAUGGAAAGAUCGAGGGACGGGCUGCGUUGACCAAGCUGGCUCAACACCUCAGUGGACUCCACUUGAUGGUGAGUCCCCAAGGGUACUGUUUCCAAGACGCGAAGGAGCUUGGGGAGUACGCUGACUACGGGACUCACUAUCUUCGGCUGAACGAUCUGUUUAGCUGA